GUGAGUGAGUAAAGUGUCGCGAUUGUGUGAAAGCGUGUGAAGUACAAAUGCCGAGAGUGUUGGUGAAUCAACGAUUAACUGCGGCUGUUGAAGAAAUAUUUGGAGUGUUAGCACGAUAGCAGAGUACGAGGCGGAACUUUGUUGAACAAAAGAGAAGAAGCGACAACGUUAACUACUUGACGCUGUUUUCAAGAAGACCCAAGUUGUGCUACACAGAGCAGACGUCAGUUAAGAACACCUUCCCCCUAAGCAGCAGGAUGGAACAGGCGGAGCCACAGCCCCAUUACAUUAAAGAGGAAGACAAUGAUCCACAGCCCACCCACAUUAAAGAGGAAGAGGAGGAGCCACAGCCUCCCAACAUGAAAAAGGAAGAGGAGGAGCCACAGGCCCCCUCUGUUAAAGAGGAAGAGGGGGAGCCACAGCAUGUACACAUUAAAGAUGAAGAGGAGGAGCCACAGCCACUGUACCUGAAAGAAGAGGAGCAGCCACAGCUUCCCCACAUUAAAGAGGAAGAGGAGGAUCAUCGCGUCAGUCAGGCGGAGGAGUUUCCAGUGAUUGGUGUCCAUGUGAAGAGUGAAGAUGAUGAAGACAAAGGUCAAAGUGAGGAGAAGACAGAGGUGGAGCCUCCAAGCAGCAGCUCCACUCAUCACAUGACAACAGAAGCUGAUGGAGACCACUGUGGAGGAUCACAAGCAGACAACCUCUUAGCUCCACUAUCAGAUAGUGACGAGAUAACGUCACACUCUCCUGACACUGAUGAUGAAGACUCUGAAGCUGAUAUGACAUGUCACACUGACAACACAUGCUGCAAAUGCUCUCAAUGUGACAAAACGUUUGUUAAGAAGGGAAAUCUGAAAAUACACAUGAGACGUCACACUGGAGAGAAACCUUAUGCCUGCUCAGUUUGCAGGAAAAGGUUCAUUGCUCAGGCGCAUUUGAAAGAACACACAAAAAUACACACAGGAGAGAAACCUUUCGCCUGCUCAGUUUGUGGUAAAAAGUUCUCUCAGCGGUCAAAUAGGAACGCACACACAAGAAUACACACUGGAGAGAAACCUUUUGUUUGCACGGUUUGUGGUAAACGGUUCUUUCAACAAAGUGACUUAAAAAGACACACAAGAAUACACACUGGAGAGAAACCUUUUUCUUGCGCAGUUUGCGCUAAAACGUUCCACCUAAAAGGUAAUUUAAAAAAACACACAGCAAUACACACUCGUGAGAAACCUUUUCCUUGCACGGUUUGUGAUAAAACAUUCUAUUGUCAAGGUGAUUUAAAAAGACACACAAGAAGAGUACACACUGGAGAGAAACCUUUUUCUUGAGCAGGUUGUGGUAAAAGUUUCUCUCAGAAGAUAGCCUUGGAAGAACACUGUUUUUGUUCAAUAUGCGUUCAUAGGAAUCCACACCGGGGAGAAACUUGAAAACUUUUUGGAAAGGACGCACCAGCUGGAUUUCAAAGAACACAACAAGGGAAGUACAUUUAAGCGAGACAGUAUUACUCUAUACUCAUACAACAUAUACAACGGACAUAGUGUGUAUUGGUAUAUUCGUCACUGAGAAUGUAUGAAAGGUGGGGGACUGCCUCCCACCACCCAAGACAGGUCCCGCGGGGGCGGGCAGAACUGGGACAGGACCCCCAACACCCAGUCCGCAGCACCCCCCCUACCGGGCAGACCAGCAAGCCGCUUGUGUUUCUUUUUGAAAACCGGAUUUUAUUUUAGUGCUGCACCAGGACAGUUUCUUGCAUUAGCCAAAUGCCUAGGGCCCCCAAGCCAACAGGGGGCCCCAGUGCUGCAUGUUCAGCCUCAACUGAGUGAAAAUGUCCAGUCUGUAUCUGUAUCUAUCUCGUGUGCUUAUUGCAUCCCUUACUGUAUAUCAGCGGUGUCAAAGUCGUGUUCAUUGAGGGCCACAUCACAGUUAUGGCUGCCCUCAUGGGGCCUCUUGUAACUGACGAUAUAUGUGCAGUAUAUCAAUAUAAAUAUGAUACUGCCAGGCAGGAGGCCUAGAGGAAGACCAAAGAAGAGGUUUAUGGGUGUAGUGAAAGAGGACAUGAAGGUAGUUGGUGUGAGAGAAGAGCAUGCAGAAGACAGGGUUAGAUGGAGGCAAUUGAUUCGCUGUGGCGACCCCUGAAGGGAAAAGCCGAAAGGAAAAGAAGAUAUCAAUAUAAAUAUGAAGAUAACUUCAUGAUGUUAUUACACAAUUUCCCUUGCAUUUGAUUAUUCUAUUUUUACUAACAAAUCGAUGGUAAUUUGCUUUCAAAUGAGAAGUGAAGUGAGUGUCAAGCAGACAUUCAAGUAUUUAUUUUUGACAACAAAAAAUGCUUGGAACACUUGUUGCAUGGUCAGAUAAUGAAAAAUGAAAGAGCAUGAUUGACAUUGACAUUAUUCCCAGGCUUUCGCGGGCCACAUAAAACGAUGUGGCAGGCCACAUCUGACCCCGGGCCUUGAGUUUGACACCUGUGACUUACAUGCUUUGUCCUACUGUGACCUGCGUUGUCCUGGUUUGGGUCCACACUAAACCUGUCUGAGUGCGUGUUGGAGUCACACAGCACACUAACAUGUGUUGUGCCGAGUUUUGCAUGCACGACAUGAUCUGCACGCAGGCCGUGGGCGCACGGGUUCUGCUAAAACACAAGCUAUGAGAUGCUGUACUAUUUUCUAAGGCACCGUACUUCUUGAUAAUGAAGCCAUUCUUUUUGUCGAGUUCAUGAGUAAUUACAAAACAACCAAAGCACACGGUAUAAGAAAGCUUUAAAAUGUGUUUAAUUCAGGCAUAAGUGGGAGGAGCAGGUUAGAAAUUCACAAUAUAAUGCUGAAAUAUUGAAAAAUAUGCACCAAGCUCAUUUAUUUAUAGUAAAGAGGGGGAUGCAUUAUUCAACAGGACAGAUUUGGGAUCUGCCAAGAUUUGCGUCCUCCUCUUUAUGGACCAAGAUCACUUCUACACAGAGGCGUAUUUAAUCAUUUGGGGGCCCAAAGCAAACCCAGUCCCUGGGGCCCUCCACAUCCUUGUACUGCACUGACAAUUAUUGUAAUUUUUACAAAAGGUGAGUACCGUGUGUCAUUUAAGCCACUUUUUUCCUGCUUAUUAUUAUUUAUCUGUCAGCUUAAGUUGCUAGUUACACCGCCAUGUUUAUAAACCUCCCAAACUAUAUGUUUAUCAUCUACUAGCUCGUGUGAAUAUGGGCAAAUUCUGCUAUUUAUUUAAUACAAUGAACUUGUUAAAUGUCCUGAUUGAGUUGUGCUUCUAGACCAGGGGUAGGGAACCUAUGGCUCGGGAGCCAGAUGUGGCUCUUUUGAUGCCUGCAUCUGGCUCUCAAACAUGUCUUAACACGAUAAAAAUGUAUUUUUGGUUUUUUGUUCGCUGACCUUUUAUUGUACAUUACAGAAAUCACAGUGUUAAAAAUAACACUCAAAAUAUAAAACUUUGUUAUGCAUUUUAGUCCAUCCAUCCAUUUUCUACCACAAUGCGGGUGGCCAGAGCCAGUGCCAGCUGUCCUUCCAAUAUUUUCCGGGUCAAACACCAAAAUUCGAUUAUCACUGUAUAAUGCGGUAGCCUAUUCGCGGUAGCCUAUUCGCAUGAACUUCCCUUCCUUAAAUCAAAUAGUCAGAUCGCUAAUUCUGGAAAAAGAAAAAGAUACGGUGUACGGUGCAAAAGCACGCAGCACCAGAAGUCGCAUUAAUGGUAAGAAGUAAUUUAUUUAUUAUUGGAUUGCUUCAGUGUAACAAUGUUAAUAAAAAGAAUAACUUUAGAGGUCCUCCUUAAAAAUGCCCACAUUUACUUGUAUUCAAUGUUAAAAAAUAUUAUAUGGCUCUCAAGGAAAUCCAUUUUAAAAUAUGUGGUUUUUAUGGCUCUCUUAGCCAAAAAGGUUCCCGACCCCUGUUCUAGACUGUGGAAUGGUUGAAAUCGCUUGAGAAACAUGUGAAUGGUGGACGUUUCAAAAAUGGCCCAAUUCAUUUUCAAUGGGAAGUAUACUGUGGAAUUUUUACAUUUUAGGAAAAUCUGGGAAUUUGUUGAAAUAUCUGAAUAGUUGAAUGAUUUGAUGCUUGAGUGGUUUGAAUCGGCUCAAAAAAUGAAGGAGUUGGAGGACAAAAAAAGGGUGCAAUAAUAACAACAAUAACAAUACAUUAAUUAAAAUUGGUAUAAAACAAUAAUAAUACACUUGUGAAAAUUGGUGUAGAAUUUUAUAGGUGUGAAUGAUCAAGCAUUCACACAAUAAAUUCAUGAACUAUCCCACAAAUAGGUGAAAGAUACAGUAUAGUACAUUGAGUGCAUAAUGUGGCCCAGAGUGAUAUAUUCCCAGCCUGGGCUGUUUUAUACCCCAAGGUAUAAACCAGCCUGGACCAGUUUACACCCCAGGGUAUACUUUCGCCCAGGCCACAUUAUCCCCGGGUAUAUUUUGGUCAGGGGUUCAUUUGGCCUGCGACACCUGUAAUGGAACAUACGCUAUAAUGCACACUUGUGGUCGCGUUUUCAGGUUGGGACAAACUGCGCAUGACAGCUGGUGGGUGUGUUUUUAGGUGGACUUCACUCAUGUGGAUGGACAUUUUUUUUUACAUUGGCGUGGGGGAAAUGUGCAGGAGUAGGGGGUACAUGGUUACCAGUCAAAGGUCUGAUCCCUGACAUGGAGCUUAGAGACCAUGUAAGGUCAGGAGUCAGGAGCAGGGAGACACACUGCAAUGCUAAUGUAACCCACAAGUAGAAAACAACCACUCAAGCUGAAGCCUGUUUCCCUUUAGACCGCCCAUGAGCUUAUGGGGAUUGGCACUGCUGUUUUUUUGCUGACAUGUGAUUGGCCACCCCUGCUGUCACUCCAUGGCCUGGCCUUGCACACCGGUGUUUUAUUAGUUGGCCAUGAGCCUGUGUUCAUCUGCCGCUCUCCGUUGUUAACAUGUUGGCCGUCAGUUCUGUGAGUUUGGUGCCCCCCCCCAUUCCAACUACUUAAAAUCAAGCCCGUUGUGUCCCCCUCCUCCCCCCACCAUAUCUGUCUCCUUUCUGUCCGAGCAGGACCUACCUAGCACUGCGCUCUCCGUGCUGGCCAGGCGCUGUUCACUUGAUGAUGCGUUCAAGGGCACGGUGUAACUCUUAACGUGGAAGUGCAAUUUGCUGUAAAUACACUCAAAACAUGUGAAUCCAACUUAAAUUACUUGGUGUCUUUGCUUGGUGAUUCAAAUGUUCAAGAGAUGUAAGGCAAACAAAUUUUCAGACAUUUGUGGCGUCUUUUACCUUGAUUUAAGUUUUUUAUUUUGUUUGGGGGGAGCAAGUAAGUACAGAUACACGAGCGCUCAAAAGUUUUAUAACACCCCAAUUGUGUGGGGACAUGCCAGAGGCAAAAAAAAAAUGGUAAGGUUACCCAAAACUGAAAAGUAAAGUGCAUUUCAAAGGCCUGUUUCAGGAACCAUAAAAUGGGUCAACAAUUUAAAGCUGUUCUGCAGAAAUGGAGGUUGAUCAAGCCUUGGUAGUUGGUGCAACUAAUUCCUACAGGUGUUCCAAGUUUUGGACUACUUACUACCUCCUUUGUCUGUACAAAAUCAGUGUUCGGAACAAAAUGUGCUACUCUACCCUCUGAACAUCAGUUGAGCAGCAUUGUACUGCAGAAAGA